AUGGAUGACCUCCCAGCGGCAAAGGUCGCAAGGACCUCAGAGGCCACUUAUGGCGAUGUAGAGGCCGCGAAUGAAUGCGUCGUGUCAGAGUCACAGCCACAGCCAGAGGAGGAGUCGAGCGAUGACGAUAUUCAAGAGAUCCCCACGCCGACCAAGCCGAAGCCGACGCGCAAGCCCCGAGCCUGGCCGCAGCCUGCAGAGCCGAUCACUGCUGGACACGAAUGCAGGGAGGCCCUCAACCAGACCGACAAGAUUUGGAAUAAGGUGGGCGGCGUGUCACCCGUGUUCCGUUACACGGACUCCCUAAUACUCGAGCUCAUGCGCCUGCGCCUCGACAGGGACGACAAGAACCCCAAGAAGUCCCACUCAAGCGACGGUGGUUUCUUAUUCGAGCUACACACAUACGCACAGGACGCGGGCGGCAAGGUCGCCGCGCUCGAUGCGAGGCUCAAGGGGCGGCCGGGCAAGAGGAACCAGGUCAGAGAGGGACAAGUACCGCGCAGACGGCCUGAACAGCCUAUGCGAGGCGCGGCGCGGGUGCAGGGAGGAGCAAGCUCAUGA